AUGUCAUCAGAAGAAAGGCAAUCGCUCAGCAAGACAUCGUUUAAGUUUUUCGGACUUGGCGGAAGCAAUGAAGUUGGCAGAUCUUGCCAUAUUCUCCAAUACAAGGGCAAAACAGUGAUGCUUGAUGCCGGAAUCCAUCCCGCUCACCAAGGUCUGGCGUCUUUACCCUUUUACGACGAAUUCGAUCUUUCUACAGUUGACGUUCUGCUCAUUUCGCAUUUUCAUUUGGACCACGCUGCGUCCCUGCCCUACGUCAUGCAACGCACAAAAUUUCGAGGACGAGUCUUCAUGACUCAUCCUACCAAGGCCAUCUAUCGAUGGCUUCUUAGCGACUUCGUAAAAGUUACGAGCAUUGGGUCUUCUGGCUCUCCAGACAAAGACGAAAGUCUGUAUUCGGACGAAGAUUUAGCCGAGUCCUUCGAUAGGAUAGAAACUAUAGACUUUCACUCUACUAUCGAUGUUAACGGUAUCAAGUUUACGGCUUUUCAUGCUGGACACGUUCUGGGUGCCGCAAUGUUUCAGAUAGAAAUUGCAGGCCUGAAGACACUGUUCACAGGUGAUUAUUCUCGAGAAACCGAUCGUCAUCUGAACUCUGCGGAGGUCCCACCUUCAUCUUCGGACAUUUUGAUCGUUGAAUCCACAUUUGGUACAGCCACCCAUGAACCGAGGGUCAACAGGGAGAAGAAACUAACGCAGCUGAUACACUCUACGGUCUUACGUGGAGGAAGAGUCCUUUUGCCCUUAUUUGCGCUGGGGAGAGCUCAGGAAAUUAUGCUGAUACUGGACGAGUUUUGGUCCAAGCAUUCGGAGGAACUAGGCAAUGGUCAGGUUCCCAUUUUUUAUGCCUCCAACCUUGCCAGAAAAUGUAUGAGCGUGUUCCAGACGUACGUGAAUAUGAUGAAUGACGAUAUCAGGAAGAAGUUUCGGGAUUCGCAAUCCAAUCCGUUCAUUUUUAAAAACAUUUCAUAUCUCAAAAAUCUCGACGAAUUUCAAGACUUUGGACCCAGUGUUAUGUUGGCAUCUCCGGGUAUGCUGCAAAAUGGUAUUUCUCGCGAUUUGUUGGAGAAAUGGUGCCCUGACGACAAGAAUUUGGUUUUGAUCACAGGCUAUUCGGUGGAGGGAACAAUGGCAAAAUAUAUAAUGCUGGAUCCUGAUACAAUCCCCUCUAUCAAUAACCCGGAAGUCAACAUUCCAAGGCGAUGUCAGGUUGAGGAGAUUUCUUUUGCAGCUCAUGUUGACUUUCGCGAGAACCUGGAGUUCAUAGAAAAGAUCGGAGCGAGAAACGUUAUAUUGGUACACGGGGAAUCUAAUCCUAUGGGGCGUCUCAAGUCAGCGCUCUUGUCUAAUUUUGCGUCUUUGAAGGGCACUGAGGAUGAAGUUCAUGUCUUCAAUCCCCGUAAUUGCGUGGCGGUCGAAUUAGAGUUUUCGGGUAUAAAAGUGGCAAGGGCCAUUGGAAACAUUGUUGACGAGGUCAUUAGCAAUCUUGGAGGUCUGCAAGGCACUUUGGACCAAGGAAAACUUGCGACUCUGAACACGUUGAGUGAAGGCAAAGAAAAGGAGGAUCUAUUGGAUAAAAAGAAGGAGAAUGGCGAAGGAACAAUAGUUUCAGGGAUUUUGGUUUCGGAUGAAAAGAAUUUUGAUUUGAAUUUAGUAUCUCUAUCAGAUCUAAGGGACUACCACAUGGAUUUAUCGACAACCGUUUUGAGAGAAAGACAAACCAUUCACAUAGAUUGCAAGAAAGAGUUAAUCUACUGGCAUCUAUGUCAGAUGUUCGGCGACAUGGAGGUGGUUAUUGACGAUGAAGAAAUCACAGGCAAGACGAAGGAGCCGGAAAAGACCAGAUCUGGCACCAACGCUGGAGAACUUGAGCUUAAGAUCAUGGGUGACGUCAAGCUGAAUAUCAUAAAAAACAUUGCAACUUUAGAGUGGUCUCAGGGUAUUAUGAACGACACCGUUGCGGAUAGUGUCAUGGCAAUACUUCUGAGUGUGGAUUCUUCACCUGUAAGUGUCAAAAUGAGUAGCAAAAGCUGCAACCAUCACCACACCCAUGGCAAGGAUUCCCAAUUAGAUGACUUAGACCAACCCAUCGUUGCCGACCACGAUGACGUUUGGAAGAUCAGGCAAGUUGCACGUCUGUGUACAGAGCAGUUUGGGGACUGUUUCAGUUACAAACUCGACGAAAACGACACUACUGCUGAUAUUAUCGGCAACGUCACCAUAGGGAAAACAAAAGCUUCCAUAAAUCUUUCGCAAAUGAAGGUCGCGGAAUGUGACUCAAACCCAUUGAGAGGAAGAAUCGAAAGCAUACUCACCAUCGCUAGCGACCUGAUAGCACCGCUUUGUUGA